AUGGGUGCAAGACCUGAUAGCGAAGGCCUCAUCCCAGUCGAGACCCACCAAAACACCGAACCAAGCCCCAUAAGCCCACUACAUACUUCAGAAUACACAAGCUCCAGUUUUUCACCCCCAUCAGCACUCACAGCUUCAUUCCCAGCGCCCCCAUACGAGCAUGAGCGGACUAGACCUGAAGAUGCGCCAAUGCCUGUCAACGCUUUCGAGAUUCCAGGGAAAGAAUCUCAAGGGCAGAUAGUUCGCGGAGAACAUCCAUCAUUGACCAGUCAACCUCCCAUAGCUGGCGCAGAUGUGAAGGACUAUCCAGGUCAGCCAGUGGCGAAUCAGUUCCAGCCGCGGCAGUGUUAUACACCGUUCGGUCAGCCUACCACGUAUGCGACCGCAGUACCAUUGCAUGCGCUUCAAUCCGCUUCUUGUCCGGUUGAUUGUCCUGCUUGUGGACAACGCGAAUUGACGAGGAUAGAAAUGGUCUCGGGAGCAACGACCCAUGGAUGGGCUGCAGUUCUUUGCUUAUGUUGCUGCCUUGGUUGUAUCCCAUACUUGAUAUCGUCUCUCAAAGACGUAGAUCAUUUUUGUGGAAAGUGUGGUGUUAAACUUGCAUGUUGGCAUAACAGUGGUCGAAUUCAAGUAAUGCAGGGUCCAGGUUCAAAUAAGACGACUCAACAAUCUGGUAUUGAGUCCGGUGUAGCUCAAGGAAAAUCGAAAGAGUGA